CAUCACAGACUGGAACCAAAGGCAGAGCCCGCUUAAAGUUGUAUAUAUAGCUAACAGAUAUGUCUGAAGAGAGCACUCCCCUGCUGGCUGGUCAACCCAAACGCUCCACCUGGCGGUAUUACCUGCUAGAAGUGAUCGUCUUCCUCUUCUGCGCAGCUCAUUCCAUUGGUGACCUGACUUCUUACCAGUAUGUCUACACAAGCGUGGCUUCAGCACUCAACUACACAGAAGACAAGAAUUCCACGAAUGAUAAGGAAUGCAUCGCUAACAAAUCCUAUCCAAAUUAUGUGCUGGAGCAGAAGGUGGCCAAGGAAGCUGCAAUGUACCAGUUGUACUUCGGGUUGGCUGCCGGAAUCCCAGGUGUCCUGGCCUGUGUCAUCUUUGGAACGUACUCGGACAAGAUCGGGCGGAGAUUUAUGAUGGUAAUCUCUAUGGUUGGGAUUGGAGGUCGAGCUGCAGUCUAUGUUGGAGUGUGCCACUGGAAUCUGUCAUUGUAUUACCUUUAUAUAGGCUACGCAGUUGAGGGCAUCUCAGGAUCGUUACCCACCAUGGUACUCGGAAUCAUGGCAUACUCAGCUGAUAUUUCCGCAGUGGGUAAAGCUCGUACCUUGCGUUUGGUUGUGGUCAAUGCUGUUGGAGGUUUGGCAACGGCUGCCGCUUAUGUCAUAUCGGGUUAUACCAUUGUGUGGUUGGGGUACGAUUACACUUUUGCAGUGGUGGUCGGAACCUUUCUUGUCGCUUGUAUUCUGAUUCUCUUCCUUCCUGAAAGUCGUCAAGGACAAGGCAUGGAAGACAUGACUUUCAGACAAUACCUUUACAGGGCCGUGAAAUUCUACUUCGAAGGAUCCAGGACGAAUCCAAACAGAUAUUUUUACAUAUUCAGUAUGUUAGCUUUUACCUGUGCAAUCAUCAUUAACAACUGUAUAUUCGGCACAGAAACUCUGUUCAUGUUAAAUUCUCCAUUGUGCUGGAUGUCUGUUAAGAUUGGUGACUUCGGCGCUGCCAAGCAGACGUUCGAGAGAGUACUUGGUGUAAGCCUAAUAGCUCUACUACUCAGGUGUUGUAGAGAGCAUACCAUUAUCGUUGUCAUUGGCAUCUUGUACAUUUCAUCCUUGUCUGUGGAGGCCUUUGCCACGAACGAUAUGUUCAUGAUCAUCGCUGCAGGCUUGGGAGUCGGAAGUCCUUCAUUUUCUACAGUUAUACGAAGUGUUCUAUCUGGCAACACGGAUAAAGAUCAUCAAGAAUCGUCCGGUAUGUUUGACGACUGGAAUGUGAAUUUGUGUUACAACGCCAAGUUUCAAGAUUCUCUUGAGAAUUCCAAGCAUACUCAGCUCUGUUCGUCCAUCUUUACCGCCACCGGAACUAUCUUGCUCAGCGCCAUAUAUGAGUGGACAGUAGAGCUAAUGCCAGGUGGAGUGUUUCUGGUAAUGGCCGGCAUUAUAUUGCUCGCCAUGGCUUUCAUGGGGUACGUAGAGAGUCUAAAAUGGUAA